CGAAGUUGUUCAUUAGUUCCUUUUUUUAUAAUCAUACCUCAGUGAAUUUUUCAUUGAGAAAUAUCAAUUUUUCAAUGACGUUUAUAUAAUCAUUACGUUUCUAUUUUAAAAUUAACAGUUAUAGCUAAAUUAUGGAAGAAGGAAAUCCCUCUUGUACUUGUGAUGAUCAUGUGAAAUUAGGAGCUGGUGAUAAUGAAAUAAAUGCAGAACCAAGUACCGUAGAUGAAACAGAUGUGUUGAUUCCAUCGGACAACUUGAACGAUAUUGUUCUGGAUGAUAUUGAUGAGGAAGGGGAAUCUGAAGAGAACACGAUAUCUCAACAGGACAGUACAAGUGAAGAAUGUGAAAGUGAAGAGGAGAGCAAUGAAGAAAUCGAAUAUGAUGCUGACCAUGGGGACGAAGAAAAUUCAAUAUUGGAUGAAAGCAUAGUAUUAUCGGAGAGCAAAAAUAUAAUAAAACUCAAUCAGUCAAAUCAAAAUAAAACGAAUGUAGCAAAAAUUGAAGACAUUAAUCGAAUGACUGUUCCCGAACGACCGAAAGAAUAUAUAUUCCUCCUUGGACCUGAUUCCUUCAUAAAAUCAGCUCAGGAGCCAUGGCCCAAUGAUGUGAAACUUUAUCAACCUUAUGAAGUGGAACAAAUAUUAUUACCAGAUAAUGCAAACUGCCUUGCAGUUCAAGCAUUUUUAAGAAUGUGUCAACUGAAUUAUACCGUUGAUUCAAGAGCAAAUGCUGAAGCAAUGUCUCCAACAGGAAAAGUUCCCUUUAUUAAAUGUGGAGCAUUUGUGGUAUCUGAACUUGAAGGAAUAGUACAGUUUGUCAAUAAUAGAGGCAUAACUCUAACUGAAAAGUUAGAUAAUGAGGAGAAAUCUGAUAUGAGAGCCUACAUGUGCCUUAUCCAUAAUGUUUUAGAAAAAGCUGAGCUAUAUAUCUGUUGGAUGGAUAACGAAACAUAUAAUGAUGUUACUAGUAUUAGGCAUGGAUCAGUUUAUCCCUGGCCUCUCAAUCAUAUCCAGAACUGGACAAAACGAAGAGCUGUUAUAAAAAAUCUGAAAGUCUGGAAUUGGUAUGAUAAGAAACUCGAAGAAGUUUUUCAAGAAGUUGAAAAUGCUUGUCAGGCAUUGUCAGAUCGUUUGGACAACAAGGAAUAUUUUUUUGGAAAUCGAACUGAAUUAGAUGCACUUGUCUUUGGACAUGUAUACAGUAUGUAUACCUCCAGUUUUCACUCAAAAGAAUUUCAGAAUAUUCUCAAGAAAUUUCAACCUCUCUUGAGACAUUGUAAGAGGAUAUGCAAUUUGCUGGAUCUACUGCCAUUUGAAUUAUGUGAUCAUUAAAGUAGACUGAAAUUCGUUUCGAUUUCAUGAAUUAUAUUAAAAUUAUUAAAGAAAUACUUGUUCUUAAUUUUUAAAUAAGUAUUUAAUAAUUUUUCAUUUAAUAUGAUCAAUGAGUUCACCACAUUUUAAACAAAAAUAUGAAGUAUCUUAAUAUUCAAUUUGGCUAUUCAAAAUUAUGGAAAUUUCGAGUAUGGCAAUUUCAGCAGGUGCAAGAUUGCAUUUUUUUUAUGCAGUGAGGAGAUAUGACAGGAUCUCUCUUACAGACAGGUUCAUAAUCAAAGUUAAAGUCCCUUUAAUUUUAAAGCUUCUUUUAACACUUCUAAAAAUUACACUAAUGGAAGUUUCAAGCAACUUACAUUUGAUUAUGGAACUGUACAUAAGUAAAACUUUCAUUUAAAUCUUACCUCAUAGAGAGAAUGUCCAUCAAAAAUUCUGCAAGUGUAUAUAUUUUUCAUUGUAAUCGAAGUGUUCGAACAAAAUUACAACAGAUUAGCAAGAA